AUGCCGAUGCUCGCUGACCCUUCCAAGAAGUAUCGUCGCUUCACUCCGCUGAACCUGCCGGACCGCCAAUGGCCCUCCAAGACGAUUGACAAGCCCCCGCGAUGGCUGUCGACAGAUCUCAGAGAUGGCAACCAGAGUCUGGUCGACCCAAUGGACGGUGACCAGAAAUGGACCUACUUCCAGAUGCUCGUCCAGCUUGGAUAUAAGGAAAUCGAGGUCUCCUUUCCCUCCGCCUCCCAGACCGACUUCGACUUCACCCAGAAGCUCGUGAAUACCCCAGGCAUUGUCCCCGACGACGUGUGGCUACAAGUCCUCUCGCCAUGCCGCAAGGAACUGAUUCGACGCACUGUCGACUCCCUCAAGGGCGCAAAAAAGGCUCUCCUCCACCUGUACCUCGCCACUAGCCCAUGCUUCCAGCGCAUAGUCUUCAACAUGAACAACGCCGAGAGCAAGGCUCUGGCGGUCGAGUGCACGCAGUAUGCGAGGUCCAUCACCAAGGACGACCCAAGCCAGGCAGGUACCGAGUGGGCGUUCGAAUUCUCCCCCGAGACCUUCUCAGACUCCGAUCCAGACUUCGUGAUUGAGGUGUGCGAGGCUGUCAAGGCAGCGUGGGAGCCCAGCGUGGAGAACCCAAUCAUCUUCAACCUCCCAGCUACCGUCGAGAUGUCCACCCCGAACGUAUACGCCGACCAGAUUGAAUACUUCUGUCGACAUAUCUCUGAGCGGCAAAAGAUCUGCGUAUCUCUUCACCCACACAAUGAUCGGGGCUGCGCCGUUGCCGCCGCUGAACUUGCGCAAAUGGGUGGUGCCGACAGAGUUGAAGGUACUCUUUUCGGAAACGGAGAGAGGACCGGCAACGUGGACCUGGUCACACUCGCGAUGAACAUGUACACCCAAGGCAUACAUCCUGGCAUCGAUUUUUCUGACCUCAAGUCAGUCAUUGACGUGGUCGAGAGGAGUACUAAGAUUCCUGUACAUGCUCGUGCACCGUACGGCGGUCAAUUAGUUGUUUGCGCCUUCAGCGGUUCUCACCAAGACGCCAUUAAGAAGGGUUUCCAAGAGAGGAAACAAAUUGGUGCAACCAACGAGAGCCCCUGGGAAGUGCCAUAUCUUCCUCUAGAUCCCCAAGACAUUGGUCGAACAUACGAAGCUAUCAUCAGAGUCAACUCUCAGAGUGGAAAGGGUGGGGUGGCCUGGAUUAUACAACGCCACCUCGAUCUCGACCUACCUCGCGGACUUCAGAUCGCAUUUUCCAAAAUUGUACAAAAGGAGACAGAUCACCUUGGGCGCGAGCUUCUACCAACUGAGAUCACAAAGCUGUUCGAGAACGCUUAUCAUCUCAAAGUGAAUCCGAGAUUCAAUCUUGUAGACUACGACAUCACCGUAGACCGGUCCGUAUCGCCAGCCCCACCAGAAGCAGGGAAGACACAGAGCACCAAGAGUCUGAGAAGAUUAUUCUCUGGCGUCAUCGAAAUCGAUGGCCGUGAACAUAGGGUAAAGGGCGUUGGAAAUGGCGCUCUGUCAAGCCUAGCCAACGCCUUACGUACCCUGGGCAUUGAUUUGGACGUCGCAGACUACAAAGAACACUCCAUUUCUACACAAAACCACGCUCGAGGCGAAGGCAGCAAAGUCAAGGCUGCAACAUUCAUCGAAUGCAGCACAGCAGAAUCAGCCCAGAAAGUCUGGGGUGUCGGCAUCCACGAAGAUGUUGUACAGGCAUCUCUGAUCGCCAUGCUAUCAGCUGCGUCUUCUUUCCUGUCAAGUCGGCCUUCAACUCCUAUUCCAUUCCGACCGAAGAGAUCGGACACGAUAGAAAAUCCGUCACCGAAACAGCUCUCCCCCGCUAGACCGACUAGUCCUACUCCUCAAGGAGCAGACCCCCUGAGUCAAGUAGUUGCGAACCUUGAAACAAAAGUCAACGGCUCACAUUAA